AUGUCUCUUGACUCCUUGCCCUUCGAAUUAAUCUGUCUUGUUGCUUCAUAUCUGCCAUCCAACAAAGAUAUAUCAUCACUUCUGCGAUUCAAUCGUAUGAUUCAUGACAGAGUGAUUUAUGUCCUUUAUAAACAAGACAGAAACACUUAUAAUUGGGCACUGCGAUGCCUGUUAAAAGGGGGAUUUGAGCGGGGGAUUCAGCACCUAAUAUCGCGCAACAACCUGGACUUGAAUAUACCAGUGGACCACUGCCACACCUUGAUUAACACACCUUUACUUCUUGCCGUUGGGUAUGGUCGUACGAAUAUUGUGGAACUCCUUCUGCGCAAUGGAGCUCAAGUCAAUCUCGGAACGGAAAUUUCCGCCCUGGGAUAUGCUGCGACUUUAGGAGACUAUAACAUGACCAGUUUUCUCCUCCAGAAUGGCGCCCAUGUAGAAGUUGGGGACGCAGUACGCGGUGUUACUCCUCUAGGAUGUGCUCUGGAACGUGGGUAUGCGUACCAACCACGUAAAUCAUGUGAAUCAGGUCCGCCGAUAUGGGCUGAUAUGUGGAAAUACAAGGGAGAGGAUGAGCUUCUCUCUGUGAUCGAGUUGCUGCUGGCUCACGGGGCAGAUCUACUUUGCAAAUCCGGUUCCUUGUCUACUUGCCUUCACAUGAUUCCUAUGAGGCGAUGGGAAUCGAUAGAGAAAUUGUUCCGCCUGUGUCUCGAUUUUGGUGCUGAUUUAAACGCACAAAAUUGGGAAGGAGACACCCCCCUUCAUGGAGCCUAUGGCGGUAACGCAUUCUCAGGAGCUAUAAAAUCCCAAAAGGAGUUUGUGGGAUUGCUCUUGACGUCUGGUGCCGAUGUUAACAUACGGAACAUGCGUCGAGAGACACCACUAGGUGCCAAAUUUGAGAAUCCGGGCAUCUUCGAUCUUGUCUUCAAACCAGGGUCGAGCACUCGUUACUGUGGUAGAAAUGAGGACAAAAUUAUUUCGAGGCUUUUGAGAACACCGUUGCGGGACCAGAAGAAAGACGCAAAGCAAUAUUUGAUCAAUACUAUCUUGAUAGAGCUACUCUUGGAGCGCGGGGCUUAUGCAGAUCAAAUCAUCGAUGGAAAAUGUCCACUGGACUUGCCUGCGGCAAGGAAAUACCCAGCGCUGAGAAAUUUGAUGAGCAAGAGGGAAAUGGCCCCAAGGAAAGCUCCCCCAAAGAAGUCAUACCGGGCCUUGAAAGAUAGCGGUUCCACGAGAAAAGUCACAAAAUACAAGAAGUCGACAAAGCCCACGAUGCCCACGAGAACACAACCUCCAAGAAAAUCCACACAAAACGCCAACUUUAUGGGAAAACUGCGCCCAAGGAUUCCUCGCCAGGUUUGA